UCAUGACGAAUCGGAGAGCCAGCGGGGACUAACGGUAGUUUCGGUCAAGGGUCGAAACCUUGUCCCGUAACACAAGCAAGGGCACAAACAAAGUCGUCUGACAACUUCACCUGCAGUGACGCAGUAAUCCUCACAGUAACGAGACUUCAACUGGAAUCCUGUGGUCCUAAUAUGACGACUGUAACGUGUACAAACGUCACCUUGCCACUGGCAGUGGUGUUCAUUUUGGGUGUCCUUGCCGUAUUCUUCAGGAGAGUCAAUAAGUUUACACAGGUCGCAUGGGAUGUCCUGAGGGGAGAAUACAGUGUCGCCGCCCCCUCCCUACCGUCAGGACCGAGGAAGACUCCCCCCGGUACAGUCGUUCCUACCAGCGUGAACUACCACUUCACUCGCCAGUGUAACUACAGAUGCGGGUUCUGCUUCCAUACGGCCAAGACGUCUUUCGUGUUGCCACUUGAUACCGCCAAGAAAGGACUGAGACUUCUUGUUGAAGCUGGUAUGGAGAAGGUGAACUUUUCUGGCGGGGAACCGUUCAUCAAGGACCGCGGCCGGUACGUCGGAGAGCUGGUCAGGUUCUGUAAGUGCGAGUUGGGCCUGCCCAGCGUCAGCAUCGUCAGUAACGGCAGUCUCAUCACUGAGGACUGGUUCGGCAAGUACGGUGAAUGGCUGGACAUCCUCGCCAUCUCCUGUGACAGUUUUGAUGAAGAGACGAACCGGCGCAUCGGCCGUCAUCAGACAGGGAAGGACCACCUGCGCUGUCUGCGGCAGGUGCGCACAUGGUGCCAACAGUACAAGGUGGCUUUCAAGAUAAACUCAGUGGUGAACAGACACAAUAUCGUCGAGGACAUGAGCAGUGAGAUCAUGGAACUGAACCCAAUCAGAUGGAAGGUGUUCCAGUGCCUGCUGAUCGGCGGUGAGAACGCUGGACCAGCGGCCCUGCGGAACGCGGAGGACAUGGUCAUCACGGAUCAGGAGUUUGACCAGUUCGUCAGGCGGCAUGAACAAGUCACGUGUCUCGUGCCAGAGUCCAACGAAAAGAUGAGAGACUCUUACCUCAUUCUCGAUGAAUACAUGCGGUUCCUCGACUGCCGUAACGGACGGAAGGAACCAUCUCGGUCCCUGCUUGAUGUGGGGGUGAAGGGUGCCAUCCAGUUCAGCGGCUUCGACGAGAAGAUGUUCUUCAAGCGCGGAGGGAAGUACACCUGGAGCAAGGCUGACUUACAACUGGACUGGUAGACAGGGAGAUUUUGUUCCCUGGGCACGCGCUUUACAACGUUAUCGUUCGCAAAUUAAAACCGUUAAAAGCCAUUGGGCCGUUUCAAAUACUCGAUGUUAUAUAACCAUCCAGUUGUGUAAAUAACAAUUAUUGAACGUAAAAUCUUUCAAAAAAUAUUUUUAAAACUUGUUUACAUUACAACGACAAGAACACAUGAUGUAGUCAAUAUCAAAUUUUUAACUUGACAUGUGUUACGUUUCGUUUAUACUGUAUAUGCGUUGACGAAAUCUAAAUGAAUGUCUCUUCUCAGUACAGUCACAGUAUGCCACUAGAUCAGUUCAGUUCAGUUCAGGUCAUCCUCUUUCGGGAGGUGACACCAGUGUCUCCACUCGUUUCUGUAUAGACAGAAUUAGACCGAACA